AUGGCUAGAAAUUCUAAAGGUGUUUUGGGUUUUUUAAAGAUUCAUACAUCUAAGUCCGUUUUCGUCAGAAUUGUUGUGCUGGGAGCUCAGGACGUAGGGAAAACAGCUCUGAUUGUACGAUUCCUAACUAAAAAAUAUGUACACGAGUACAUCCGUGGUGAACUGCACACCUAUGAUAGACGGGUCACAGUGGAAAAUAGGGACUUCGAUAUUGUCCUUAUCGAUACACCAGGAUCGAUUUCUCUGGCUAACAUGGAUCAACAUAAGAUUUUGGAUGAAGUGGACGGCUUUGUUCUUGUCUACUCUAUCACUGACGCAGACAGUUUCCGAACUUCCAUGGAGAUGUUGAGAAUGCUGCGCCUUGGCUUUAAGGCGGUUGGAAAUUCUCCAGUAUGUCUCAUCGGAAACAAGACGGAUCUCCUUCAUAUUACGCAAGUACCUACUGCAGAAGGAGCAAGCGCUUCUGAAUCGUUCCCUUUCGUUGAAUUCAGAGAAUGCUCUGCCGCUGACGAACUUGAAAGCGUUCAGACAGCAUUCAAUGAGUUUCUGAAAACGGUCUUAAAACGUGCUCUAUCACAAGUGCAUGAUGUAGCGAAUUUCUUCGACAGCAGGUCUGCUUUAGAGGAAAGGCAAUGUUUGCAGACCACUGUCUUCAUGCAAGAUGGAGCAACUACCUACAUUAGACGCCAAAUGGCAAGACGUAAAGAAAACAAAUCUCAAAACAAAAAAGAUAAGCAAAACUUGCAUGCAAACCAUUUGACCGUCAGUAAGACUCCAAGCCCAAGACGUCACAGUGCGGGCAAUUCCGGUAUCUCAAACUGGUUCCGACGUCCAAGAUCCUCCUCUGCUUCGGAUCAAAACCGGCAGCGAGCUCAGAGUGCUGAUAGGACUGAGAGGACAAACACCAUGUGACAACGACAGUCCUCUCCGCAUUCCAAAA